AUGGUCACGGCAGGAACCAUGGUUGCUCCAAGCCACUCACACCUUUCGCAAAUUCACCCAUCUUUCGUAGGCCAUGUGCAGGAUGUCAAUGUUGCCUUUGAUAAAAUAUGGACCUUUCAAACUGUCAACGAGCUGCGGAAGAACUUUUCAGGAGCAAGGGUCAACUAUCCCUCCUUUGCUCCUACACAGGGCUAUGUUAUCAGUCACGAAAGAGCACCGCUUUCGGAUGGCACCGACAUGGAGAUCCGAGUCUACAGGCCUGAAAACAAAAAGGGACGUCUCCCCAUGUUCUAUGUGUGCCACGGAGGAGGUUGGACAGUCGGUGGUCACGAUUCUGAGGCGAUCAUGAAUCUCACUUCCUGUGUUCAAGCAGGGAUCACCGUAAUAAGUGUUGAUUAUCGAAGGGCUCCCGAGCAUCCUUUCCCAACGCCGAUGAAUGACGCCUUUGAAGGUCUCCUCUGGGUCCUGGACAAUGCUGCCUCCUUACAAGUUGACCCGUCCAAGGUGAUUGUUGGAGGGAGCAGUUCUGGUGCCAACCUUGCGGCCGCAGUGGCCCUACGUGCGAGAGAUUCGGGCCUGCAAGGUAUCAUCGGUCAGGUUUUGAAUAUUCCUGCACUUUGUCACCCUAAACAUUUCCCGACCUCAAAGUAUGAGCUUCUAAGUUUUGCCCAAAACAAAGACUCUCCCACCACCAACUCAGAACGCAUGCAAUGGUUUUGGGAUCAAUAUCUUCCAGAUCAAAAUACACAUGCCUACGCGAACCCCCUUCUUGCGUCCUCCCAUUCUGGGCUUCCUCCUUGCCUCAUCCAAGUCGCUGGCAUGGAUCCUUUGCGGGACGAAGGAAUGGCAUAUGCGAGUGCUUUGGAAGUUGCAGAUGUUCCGACCACCCUCAAGAUUUUCCCAGGACUUCCCCAUGGUUUCAUUAUGAUCCUCACUCUUCCACAGACCGCAGAAUAUUAUCGGAAUGUCGUUGAGUGGAUUUCGCAAUUGCUCGGAGCUCUCCAGCCGACAGAGAUAGAUGGUUAG